UGUUAUGCCAUCUAAUAUCCUUUUUGCCUAUGUUUGUCUAACAAGUGAAUAAAAUACUCUGUUAAAAUAAAUGAAUAACAUAAUUAAAGUAAAAACUCAUGUCAACAACAGGACACAUAACAGAAACUGAGCUAAAAAGAGAAAUGAUUUAAACAAACUGAGGAAAUUAAAGAGAUUAAAACAAAAACUGGCAGCUAAUAAAAACUAAGCCAAGGGCGACACCUUGAGGUGAAACAAAAACAUGAUAACGAAGCCCAACCAAACAAAACUGUAGAGAGUUCAGGACAGGGACAAAUCAUGGAAAAUAGCCCUUACAUUUGUUCUUUGGUUCAUAGGACUUUCAUAAAACAGAAAAAACAAACUGGCAUAUAGUGCUCUCUGAUUGGCUAAUAAGAAUCCAGUGUAACAGUCAUUUGUACUCUACGGAGUGAAUCAUUUACAAAAGCAAAAACACUACAGAAACAUUUUAAUGGACUAUGAGUAUAAAAGGGUUAACUGAUUUUUUCAGGAACAACUGAGUUAUUCCAUUGUACCCUGAUAUAGAUCUAGUAUACAUAAACCAUAAUAUCUGUUUUACCAACUUCAAAACAUACAUCAUACCAGUACUGGUGUUUCCUAUUACAAAUCUUCAUGACACUUUUUAUAUAAGCAUGUCAAGACACUGAUCAUUAUUGACCAAAUAGGAGUGUGUGGAACACAUUUUGUUAAAUUGUAAGUAAUUAUUACAUUGUCAGUGUCUCCACUAAAGGUUGACAUAACAAGGCUCCGCUGGGCUGAUGAGGCAAUUGCAGGGAACUUGAACUGAGUUACGUAACACAGUUUCUCCAGUCAGAACAAACUGUAUUAAAUGUUUAUCAGAUUGUGUCGGUAUAUCACCCUAUAACGUUAUUUUAUAUCUUUGCAUGGGCAGUUUUAAUUGUGUACUUAAAGCAGAAGGUUUUUUACUAGGGCUAUAAACACGCUGACUCAUUGAAACCACUCCUCUUCCUGGAAUGAUUUCAAGUGCAAUAAACCCUCCCUCUAUUUCCUGCUUUCCAACACAGUCAGUCCCAUUCAGUCCAAAUGUUUCCUGCCUCCUUUUACUUCAGCAGAUCUGUCAGUGUAUAGAUGGGAGUAACUGUUAUGUUGUAAAGUGAAGCCCCAUUCAUUGCAGAUCAGCAAGCACAUAUAACGAAAGGGAACAAAGCUUUGGUUUGGACUAUCAGUUCUCAGUGCUCAUCAUGCAUGUGAAAGUGAAACUAUUUCACAUUCACUGUCUCUGAGCGAUGAAAUGGCGCACCAACAAAACCUGCUUGACCAGAAAAAACUCUCCUGUUCGAUCUGUUUGGAUCUACUGAAGGAUCCAGUGACUAUUCCCUGUGGACACAGCUAUUGUAUGAACUGUAUUAAAAGCCACUGGCUUGAAGAGCAUCAGAAGAAAAUCCGCAGCUGUCCUCAGUGCAGACAAAUCUUCAGACCGAAGCCUGUCCUGGUGAAAAACACCAUGUUAGCAGAUUUAGUGGAGGAAGUGAAGAAGAUAGAACUCCAAGCUGCUCCACCUGAUCACUGCUAUGCCGGACCUGAAGACGUUGCCUGUGAUGUCUGCACCGGCAGAAAAUUGAAAGCUCUCAAGUCCUGUCUGCAGUGUCUGGUCUCUUACUGUGAGCAACACCUCCAGCCUCACUAUGAAUCUCCUGCCUUUGAAAAACACAAGCUGGUCGACCCCUCCAAGAAGCUUCAUGAGAACAUCUGCUCUCAUCAUGGUAAAAUUAUGAAGAUUUUCUGCCGUACUGAUCAAAAAUGUAUCUGUUGUGUUUGCUGCAUGGAUGAACAUGAAGGCCAUGACACUGUCUUAGCUUCAGAGGAAAGGACUAAGAGGCAGGGAGAGCUUGGAACGAGUCGACAAAAAAUCCAGCAGAGAAUCCAGGACAGAGAAAAAGAUGUGAAGAUGCUUCAGCAGGAGCUGGAAACCAUUAAUCGCAUUGCUGAUAGUGCAAUGAGUAACAGCGAGAAGAUCUUCAUUGAGCUGGUCCGUCUUAUCAAGAAUAGAAGCUCUGAUGUGAAGCAGCAGAUCAGAUCCAAGCAGAAAACUGAGGUCAGUCGGGCAAAAGAGCUUCAGGAGAAGCUGCAGCAGGAGAUUGUCGAGCUGAGAAGGAAAGAUAAAGCUCUGGAGCAGCUCUCGCACACAGAGGACCACUCUCUAUUCCUACACAAUUACUCCUCGUUGUCCCAACUUAGUGAAUAUACAGACUCACCCAGCAUCAAAAUCCGUCCUCAGAGGUACUUUGAAGGUGUGACAGAAGCUGUGUCUGUGGUCAGAGAUAAACUACAGGAAAUUCUUGGUGAGGUAUGGACCAAAAUCUCACAAGUAGUGACUGAGGGUGAUAUUUUACUGCCACAAGAAGAGCCUAAGACCAGAGCUGAAUUUUUACAAUACACACACCAAAGCACACUGGAUCCAAAUACAGCAAACGCCCGGUUGUUAUUAUCAGAUGAGAACAGAAAAGCUACGGUAGCUAAACAAAAACAGCUAUAUUCUAGUCAGCAAGACAGAUUUACUGACAUGUUUCAGGUCCUGGGUAGAGAGAGUCUGGGUGGAUGUUGUUACUGGGAGGUGGAGAGGAGCAGGUAUGAAGUUUCAGUGGCAGUUGCAUACAAGAAUAUUAGCAGAACAGGAUAUGAAAGUGGAUUUGGAAAUGAUGACAGGUCUUGGGCCUUGGAAUGUUUCGACAAACGUUAUGAAUUCAGACAUAAUGGCGUUACAACUUAUAUCUCAGGCCCUCAAUCAUCCAGAGUUGGAGUGUACCUGGAUCACAGAGCAGGUAUUCUGUCCUUCUACAGCAUCUCUGACACCAUGACUCUCCUCCACAGAGUCCAGACCACAUUCACUCAGCCGCUCUAUCAGGGACUUGGUAUUUUUGGUUCGGAUGAUAAUGGAUCUGCUGCUGAGCUCUGUAAGCUUGAGUAGAAAGAGGUUAAGAGGCAGUGGGAGUAGGGGUGUGAGUCAGUGGCUUCACAGAGAUUAAACUCUCUUCAUGAGUCAGUGAUUAAUGAUUUAACAAGUAUUGUUUUUUCUUUUUGAUUUGAUCUGACUAUGUGUACUAUCAUUUGAUUCAGAAACUAUAAUAAGACAUUAUUAUGGUUUUGGCUUUGAAGUAUUGCAAUUCCAGUGCAGUUUUGCAAUGUUUGGAUUCUUCCUUUAAGGGAUGCCAAAAAAGUGAGUUCUUAGUAAUGAAAGUGUUGAAAGUGUCUUAGUCACGGUCUUUCUCAGUCAUGUGUGCUUGUGAAAUGCAGUGUGAGUAACAUUUCCAGAAUGUUGAAACUCCUAAGAAUUAUUCCAAGGAACUCGCUAUACUCCAACAAUUAUGGUUUAGAGUUGCUGUCUUUUCUUCACAUUGAACUCUUGUAUUACUACAUUCCAAAUGUUUUAUCUUCAGGUACAAAUUUUGCACCAGAAAUGAAGUUACAGCUGGGUAAAACCACAGUGCACUUCCUCUAUGAUGAUAUUUUUUUAUAAAUAAAUCUUUUUACAGUUGCACAUUAUUGCUUUGAAUCUGUAAAUAAUUUAACAUGUUCAAUUGUCUACUCUUACAUAUAGUGUUCCUUUAUUUCAUGUGAACAUUUGCACUUUCAUUUUAGAUUGAAGUAAUAUUUUUGUGAUUUUGUUUUUAUAGAAACCUGGAUUGUGAUCAUUGUAUACAAUUGUCAUGAAAAGCACUUUGCCAAUAAACUGAGAUCCUCA